AUGACACUCGUUGCUGUGUUCAGCGAGCUAAGAGAAGGGAAAUUCACUUUCUCCAUUAGAAAAAAUCAGCCGAAAACGCUGGCUGAACUAGUCGCCCGAGCUCAAAAAUACACCAACACGGAAGAAUUCUCCAAUGCCCGUAAAAAUGUCCAAGUGCCAGAGAUGAAUGAUAAAGGGAAGAGGCCUAGGAAUGGGGAAGCCCAGCCGUCCAACAAGGGGACCGACGACCACGCCCCUCACAAUCGUCUUCCGAAUAAAAGGCCGGAAGGAAAAUUUCAUUCCUACACCCCCCUUAACGCGUCUGCCGAGCAGAUUCUACUAGACAUUCGGGGAGAAAAACUGCUAAAUUGGCCUAUUUGUAUGAGGGCCGACUCGGAUCACCGAGAUAAGCGUAAGUACUGCCGAUUCCACCGAGAUCACGGCCACAAUACGGCCGAUUGUGUGGAUCUCAAAGAUGAGAUUGAAGCCCUUAUUCAGAACGGACACCUGCGUCGAGACACCAAAGAGAGAAAAGCGGCUCGAAAAGAAGGAAGAGAGCGAGAGCGGCCAAAUAAUAUCACGAAAGAGCCCGCUGAAAUCCGUACCAUCUUCGGAGGUUCGUCUGGUGGAGGAGAAUUGAAUAGGGCGCGGAAAACCCAUUCCCAGAAGCCUAACCUGGAACAUUAUGUCCAUUUAACCAGGCGACCCAGUAAAGAACUCCACAUCAGCCCAUGCACUGUAACCUUCACAGAAGAAGACGCACGUAGAAUCCAGCAUCCACAUGACGAUGCCCUAGUGGUUACUAUGACCAUAGCGAACCAUAAAGUAUACUGCAUCUUAGUUGACACCGGGAGCUCAGCCGACACGAUGUAUUCCGAAGCCUUUGAAAGAAUGGGGAUUCCGAGGUCUCAUCUCAAGCCUAUGAAGACCCCACUGCACGGCUUUGCCGGGGAAAGAGUGAUCUCCGAAGGAGCCAUCUCCCUCCCGGUGACUGUGGGAGAAGUAUAA